UGGUGUUGGUGUCGCUGCGCCGCUUUCCGGCGGGUCCAUCCCUGUUGUUGUGGGUCGGAACAUCGAUGCUGCGGUUCGCCUGAACUCCCCGGGAUGUAGCCACUCUCUGGGCCGGCACCGAGCAGAACGGAACCGCAGGCUGCGCCGGUCCAAACGGAACCGAGUCGGGGUGGAUUCAUGACAAUAAUGGAGCGGUUCGGGUUCGGCGGGGUCGUUCUGGUAAAGCGGGUUUUGGACCUCGGUCCGGUCGUGGUGGCCAACAUGUCCGACAUUAACAAGGCCGGACCGCACGGCUGCGAUAACGGAGCUCUGACGGACCGGUUCGGGGUUCUGAUCCAGGCUCUGCUGGCCGUCGUGGCCUUCAGCACGCUGAUGUUGAAGCGUUUCCGGGAGCCAGCAGGCGUCCGGCGGCCCUGGAGGAUCUGGUCAGGCCACUUCCUGCUUUUACUGUCCGGACAGAAGACGGAGGACGGUUUUACAUUUUUAAGGUGUUUUGUCUUUUCCAGGUUCUUCGACACGUCCAAGCAGGCCAUCGGAGCGCUCUUCAUCCACUUCGCCAACGUCUUCCUGUCCACGCUCACCAAGGAGGACCCCUGCUCUCUGUACCUGAUGAACUUCCUGCUGGAUGCGACGCUGGGAAUGCUGGUGAUCUGGGCGGCUGUGAAACUGGUUUCCAGACUGGUGGAGAUCAAGCAGUGGAGUCUGCUUUCCUUUGGAGAAUACGGUGACCCUCCGCAGGCGGCGGCGUGGCUGGGUCAGGGCGGCGUCUACCUGCUCAUCAUGGUUCUGGAGAAAGGCGUGAUCAGCCUGGUUCUGCUCGUCCCCGGAUGGUCCAGACUGCAGGAGGUGCUGCUGAGCUACAUCGCUAACCCUCAGCUGGAGCUGGCGCUGGUCAUGCUCAUCAUGCCGUUCAUCGUUAAUGCCAUCAUGUUCUGGGUGGUCGACAGCCUGACCAUGAGGAAGUACAAGACCCUGACGGGGCUGGAGCCCAGCGGAGACUCCAAGCAGAACGAGGCUCUGCCAGCAGGGGGCAGCAGCGAGGAGGCCCAGGUCCUGCUGGCUGAGAGCGACUCCGGCGAGGAAGAGGAGGAGGAUGAAGAGCAGCGGGUCCAUGUUCAGUACUCAGGCGGGCCGCUGAGACCCAGCUGGGUGGUGGUGUAGAAACGGUCCAGUCAAAGCCUCAUCUUCAUCACUAGGCCUUCGGCUUCCUGCCUUCCAGUGGAAGAAACUCAGAGGACUGAUGACGUCAUCAGAGCUGUGACAUCAUCAGAACCCUGACUGUCCCAGAACCAGAACCUCGGGUUCUGCUCUUGCAGCAGAUCUGGAUCAGAAUGGUUCUGCAUUUCAGGAGGAAAAAUGAGUUUAUUAAAAAAUAAAGUUAUUAGAAACGAGCCGCUGCUGAUCCUCAGAGAUCAAUCUGAUUAUUAUUAAAGGGUUUAACCUCUGACCUUUGACCUGAGCUCCCAGCAGGUUAGAUUAUCAGAUUAUUUGGGAUUAUUUUGCAUUCCUUCUGCCUUCGUUGUGAAGCUUUAGGCUGAGGCGGUUCUGUUUGGGUCAGUAGCAGAACCUCAGGCUGUCCAGAAACAAAUCCAUCUGCUCUGCUGCUCGGUGCACUGAAGUUUUUCCUUCCACUUGAUUUUCCACUGAAACAUUCCUCUGCAGCUCCAGAAUCAGAAUCUGUUUGGUUGGUAAAUCAUACAAAAUGUUUCGUGAAGAAUUAAGAUGUUUUUCUACAUAAAUAAAAAUAUUUGGGAUAAAAACUAAUAAAAUAAUUUUGGUAGAAUGAAUUUAGUCUUGAAUGAAGUUUAAAUGACUGGAACUCCACAUGUAGCCAAAGGAAUGUUUAAUAAUCUGUGCAGUUAUAUAAUUAUCACAUUUAUUUGUAUUUGUUUACUGAGAUACUUAUAUUCUGGGAUCGAUUCUUUAAUAAUCAUAUUUCUAUGUUGCCGUUUAUUCCUGAUUGUUUCAUGUUUUAUUUGUACUUGAACGUAUUUUUAGUAAACCAAAUAAAGGAUGAAAGGUUCUGCUGGUUCCGGUCGGACCCAAAGGCCCGCUUUGCUCUGAACCUGAAUGAACAUGA